GGAAGUUGCUUUCAGCGGCUAGAACCCGCAGAGCCGCAGCCAUGGCCCCGUGAUCCUUUAUUGUAUCGGAAGCUCCUUACACAGCACAAUCUCCACGUCUCCUUUAUCUCAUCCUUACUUGGAAUUGUUGUCCGCAAGGAUGGCCGACGAAGAUGUUGAAUCGAUACGCGUCUAUAGGAGAUUAGUUGAUAAUCUUCUUAUGCGAGCCGAACUAGUCAAACCGGAUAAGCAAAUCGAACCUCCGUUGACAGAAACACACCUCGGAGAAGCGAUCUGGAAAGUCGAAGGCGAUGAUGAGCAGGUCACAAGUCGGCUCAGCCAGCAGACGCAAUUUGCUGCAGUUGAAAUUGCAUUCAGGGAGAGGUUUUACAGUCUGCUUGCCACUACAUUCAUAGAUGAGCCGUCCUUUAUACAAAUAUGGAAUUUGCUCGACAUAAUCUCAAUAUUUUCGGACAACGAACAGUGUGAGCCCGGUCUUAUAUUUUGGCUGAUUGAGGAAUUACUUGAUAGCCAAACUAUUGAUGGCUGUCGCAAAGUUUUUGACUAUCUCGAGUCUCGGAGAGAACGAAAUACUAAAAAACACUUUAAGCAGAAAAGUUUGAUCAUUCUGAGGUCCUGCAACGAAUUGCUGCGGAGGCUUUCGCGAGCCGAAGAUACUGUAUUUUGUGGACGUGUCUUUAUCUUCCUCUUCCAGAGUUUCCCGUUAGGAGACAAGAGCGCCGUCAACCUUCGGGGCGAAUAUCAUACCGAGAAUGUCACUACUUACGACGAAAUCCCUGAAUCCGACAGCAUCAUGCCAGAUGAUGCAGAUGUGGUAAUGUCUGACGAGCAGAGACCGUCAACGACUAUUGAAAGCCAACAAGAGAACAACAAUACUGAACCGCCGCCCCUCGCAGAUUCUCAGGCCCCUGUUCAAGAUCAACCGGCAGCCCCGAAAGUCAUCAUUUCGCAAGAUGAAGGUGUUGAUGAGAAGGCGAACGAUUUGAACAAGCUCUACCCUAUGUUCUGGGGCCUCCAGGCGUAUUUCUCUGCCCCAACAAGGAUAUUCGAUCCUCAACACUUCACCACAUUCAGGACAGGACUUGAGGCUACUCUUUCUGCCUUCAAAUCAGUUAACACAGACCUUGAAAGUUCAGGCACGAGCAAGACUUCUGAAGAGCUUCGAAAAUCUAACAAACGGAAGAGAACUGCGGACGGCCAAGAAAUUGCGAGUAGUUUCAACCCGAAGUAUCUGACAAGCAGGGAUCUGUUUGACCUCGAGGUCAAUGACACAGCGUUUCGGAGGCAUGUUCUAGUUCAGGCGCUUAUUCUCCUAGAUUUCAUGCUCUCACUUACUCCUAAGGCAAAAGCAAAGCUAGCCGAGCUGACUAACAAAUCUGUACUCUACGGUUUUGUGUUGAAUGAGGACGAUGCUAAAUGGGCAGUCAAGAUGAGAAAGGCGAUAGAGGAGUAUUUGCAGGAAGGUGUUGGUGGAAAAUUCUACUAUCGAAUGGUGGACACCGUUUUGUCGAGGGACAAAAAUUGGGUUCGUUGGAAAGCCGAAGGUUGUCCAUUGAUUGAGAGACCUCCUGUUUCCGUAUCGGACUACCUCGGUGCUCGUGAGUAUGCAACUAAAGUCUACGCCAACAAGCGCCUUCGGUCUUCACCCAUGGGUUCGCUAAAUUUGAACUUCCUCUCCGAAGGCGAAUCACUAGCCGGUCUAAAAAGGCUCAAGGAACCUCAAAGGUUCACGGUACCUUCCUCCGAUUCGUUUAUGAUGGGUAUAAUGGACGAUGAGUUAGAUAUGGAUACUGCCCAGACAAAGGAGGAUAAAGAGAACGCGACACGCGCUAAAGCGAGCAAGACUUGGCGUAUAUUAAGACUUUCCGCUAAAAGCAAGCUCGCAGCGUUCGACAAGAUUGAGGAUGGCAAAAAUCUAAAGCUGCUUUUUGAGACCCCACAGCCUUCCGAAGGCACUCCCCAGGUUUUUGAAGGCACCCCUCAGGCCCAUGAGACAAUGACGAAAAUGUCGGCCGAGGGCGAGUCUGGUGGUUCGGGGCAUGAUCAUGGGCCUACCAGCUCCGAACAAGGGAAUGCUACCGUUGCCACCGAGAAAAGUUCAGCGGAUUCGAAGGAUGCAGCAGCAGCAGACACAUGAAGAACGCCACACAUGCGGCCAGAGAACGCAUUGCCAUGAUUGGCUCUCGUUGGCGCCGAAGAACGAACCCUACGACCGUGAUGGAUGCUGAAUUCGAUACACCAUUUGAUGAUUUCAUGUGCUUGUAUGCGUCACUGUCACAACGCUAUGCGGGAUUCCUGCAGCACCGUAAAAUAUGAAAGGGACAUUUAGUAUGCGGACUAAGUUUUCUAAGAAGAGUUGGGGCGUGUUCAUUAUGACGAGACCUGAAAUGGGAGAUUACGGCGGGGGAACUUGGCCCUUUUGAUUGGCCUCAUUGAUGACCCUCAUCUGGCGUGCAGUUUAGUCCUCAGUGUGGCGACACCCGAAGUUUUCCCCCCGCCCUAUUAGAUACUCUGCAAGCAGGAGCAAACUCCUAGGAGCUCAUGGGGUCCAACAGGGAGGCGACAAAAGAGUAAUGAGAGGGGUAAGGACAUAGUAGCGGUACCGCUGACCGGAAAUUGAAGGUUUCCUGAUAAUCCACUUCGAGACCCAGGGAGGGGAUUAAUUCCUCGUAGUCUGAGAUGCGAGGAUGAAUUUGCCAGUGACCACGGUUACUGAGAAUGGCUCAGGGAGCACGCCGCUUCUUUGGCAACGCGGACAGAUAAGCUACGGACGAGGGUCCGAAUGUCUCGGGGAUCAACAACUCUAAUAUUACAUGGACGUACCUGCAUAAUCGUGGAUCUCAUUGUACUACCUAUCUAUCUAUCCAUCCAUCCAUCUAUCUA